CAAGGGAAGGAGACGAUCGAGAGAAGCAGAGUAAAGGAGUUUACGUGGGUUUUAGAAGAAGAGAGUCACGCACGAUCGAGGGAUUGCAGCACCAACGCAAUCGAACGGAGAAGAAAAGGGGUUUGCAACCAAGCAACAAUCUCGGUGAGGAAGAACAACCAUACCAGGGGGUUAAGGAUUCGAGUUUAUUGUCAUCAGAAGUGGGCAGCAACACCUCCAUUUGUUCAGCAAAAAUGACAACUGGUUUCGUACACUCUGCGAGACGAGUAAUAACAGCAUCAUCUUCUUCGUAUUGGCGCUCUUUCUCUUCUCCUCCUUCCAACAAUAAACUUUUUGUUGCAGGUUUGUCAUGGUCGGUGGAUGAAAAAUCAUUAAAAGAAGCAUUCUCUACAUUUGGUGAGGUAUCUGAAGUAAGGAUCAUGUAUGAUAAAGACAGUGGUAGGUCAAGAGGGUUCGGGUUUGUGAAUUUCUCAAAGGAAGACGAAGCCAGUUCAGCUAAAGACUCCAUGGAUGGGAAGGCUUUUUUGGGACGGCCAUUGAGGGUCUGCUUUGCACUAGAUAAGGUCCAUAGAGAACCUGUAUCCCCCCGCCAAAACAACCAUGGAACCACCUUCAUUCGGAGCCGCUGAUACAACAUAUUCUGUCAUACAUGAUCAUCAAGCAUGCCAAUGGUAUGUAUGCUCUUCAUUUUCAUCAUGUACCUUUCGAAUAUUUACUGUGUUGAUUGGUACUGUAUUUUAAGUGUGAGGUCUUUGCAAA